GAAGUCUGUCCAUGUUUCUGUCCCAUCUGUAGACCCUUCAACUCGCCCCAUGCCGUGCAAGAGGCUAAAAUUCGCGUGGAGAAGGAGUACUCUGUGGUGGGCACUUGGGAGGAGAAAAACAUUACCCUGACCGUGCUGGAGAAGUAUGUCCCUAGGUUCUUCAAUCAUGCUCGCUUUCUGUACAAAUUGCACAGUAAUAGCAUACGAAAUCGGAAUCGAAACAAUCGCAAGCCCCGCGUAGAUCCAGACGUUAGGGAAAUGGUAAGACGGAACUUUACCAACGAGUACGAGUUCUAUUACUUCUGCAAACAGCGGCUGUACAAACAAUAUUUGGCCCUGCAACUCGAAGAUAAUCUUCACUGAAAGACAUAACACUUUGACCGAAUCAUAGCCAAAGAAUUGACCAAAUAAAUCUAGUUGGUCCCCAGAA